AUGGCGAAGCGUGUCGCGCAUUGUCCUCGAUGUACUGUUGGUGUGAUUAAGCCAGAUAUUGUUUUCUUUGGCGAAGAUCUUAGCAAAGAUUUCCAUACACAAAUGGCAAUUGACAAAGAUGAUGUGGAUCUUUUGGUAGUGAUAGGAUCUUCAUUGAAAGUUCGCCCAGUAUCGUUGAUACCUUUCAGCGUCGACCCUAAUGUGCCUCAGAUCUUGAUAAAUCGCGAACCGCUCUCAGGAUACAGAGCAGAUAUUGAACUCCUUGGCAACUGUGAUGAUAUCAUUGAGGAUAUCUGUUUAGCACUUGGAGGCCCAUUUAUCAUGAAACGAUUGGAAAUCUCUGACAUUUCUGAAGGAAAUGACUCCGAAGGUGUAGCAGUUAAACGACCGCGAUUAGAGGACAUGUAUGAGAGACGGUAUAUUCCGGUAGCGAAACACCUUCCAGAACACACGUACUUCCAGGUUAACUUACUUCUGGUUUGA